UUUUUUUUUGUUGGAUAAAAAAAAUAAAAUAAACAUACAAUGUCAGGUUAUCCUACAAUUAGAAAUCCAUUACUACCAAGCCCUCCUGCUCGACCCAAACGUCGUGAGUUUAUGAAGUUAAAACUAUUUAGUAACUUAACAAUAUCAACUGCUGCUACUCUUACUUCUUCUAUCUCUACUGCCUCUAUUCGUGGUCUUAUGAGUCAAACAAUGCAUCAAAUUUCUAGUGCUGGCUCAACACUUCGUUUGAACUCUGGCAAACGAAUAAUGCCUUUAGUAGCUGACGACGAUAAACCAAUCAUGCCAAAAUCAAUUACUGAAAAUAAUAUAAGCAUUAGAAGGCUUAUGUCAAUUUCAGAUAUCAGACAACCCAGUCUUAAUGAAGAGAAGGAGCCGAUUGUCUAUUACAAUGGUGUCUGUAAUACACUAGAGCAACUGCCCAAAGAGAAAUUAGAUUGGAUUAAAAAUGAUGAUGACACUCGUUUUUCCUUAGAAAAUCCUUUGACUAAUUAUGAUGAAUCGAUUGUUUUAUGUAAGCCUUGUUUUCGUUUUCAGACGUUUUUUGAUAAAGAGCAAAAGAAACCCAAGGGAAUGUUUUAUUUAAGAAACAAAGUUUACCGUUGUGAUGUUAAAGUGAAUCAUGAUAUCUUUCAAAGUUCAUACGUUGUUAGUGGAAAAAGGGGAAGACAUGGCUCUUUGCACAACGUUGCUGAUGAAACAACCGCUACUAUUCAAGUAUAUACUCAAAAUAGGGUAGAAGAAGUUUUACUAGGUCAAAAAUCAAUAAUGAUCACUUUGAAUCCUAAAACUAAAAAAGCAGAACGAAUCAAUUUGAACAGUGAUCCAGACUCUUCUAGUCAAGAAUUAAACCUUCAAUUACUAGUAGUCUAUGGCACUUAUGUUAGCAAACGAGCUCAGCAUUACUUUAUCACUAUGCAUACUCAUGAUGAUACAUUCGCGCGAUGGGAAAGAUUUUGGGGGGUUUUGCGAGGCGCUUAUUUCGAAUUAUAUGAUUUUGAAUAUAAAGAGAGUCGACCACCAACUUAUGUCAUUCUUUUGAACAAGCUAUUAAACAUAUAUAAUUCGUCACAAUUAAGUGAAGAAGAACUCGGUUAUGAUAUCGGAUCAAAUGGUAUCGUACUUCAAUUCUUAAAGAAAUCAGAAGAUAAAUGGUUUCUGGAUAUCAAUUCAGCUGCUACUUCUGAUUGGAUACGUAGUUUUGAAUAUACAAAAUCGGUUUUCGAAGAAAUUGAAGGUGAAAUAAAGUCAGUUGAUAACGCUGAUCAAUCAACCACGAAUGAAGCUUUGAAUGAUGAUGAUAAUAAUCAAAAUGUCAUUCACGAUUCGAAUACGACUUUAAAUAAUGACAAAAGUAAAAUAGAAAUAAUUCCAAAUGAUGAAGAAAGAAUCGAGGAAACAAAUUAUGAAGAAAAUGAAGAAGAAGCCACAUGUAUUCCACUAAAGUUUAUGUGGUAGUUUCUCUUUUCAAUUAUAUCAAUUAUUUUAAUCUCUA